AUGAGUAUAAUAGAACAGGAUAGUAAUAAUCAACAGCGUUUGUUAAUACCUUCAUCUUCGAUUGACAAUGAUCGUGUUGCAAAAACUCGACGUAGUUCAUCUAUAGCUACAAUGCUAGAACCGGUUCUAUUAAUAGCAGCAGAGGAAGAAGAAGAUGAUAAUAAUGGUGAAACAGUAACUGCAUCAAGACCGUUCGCUCUAUCUGGUAUUCUGUAUGGUCUUCUAGCAUCUUUUCUUUACGUCACGGCAACGUUUAUUGUUAAAGAAUUAGAAUUUGAUCUACUCGAUGUACUUGUCGUACGUCUUAUUGUCCAGCUUUUUCUAUUUCUUGCGUUCGUUAUUUACCAUCGUUAUGCAGUACUGGUAGGAUCAUCAAAAGAAAAAUGGUUACAAUUUAUUUUAUGUAUUUUAACUGGUAUUGCUUUUCUGGGAUUUUUUAUUGGUUUUCGUUAUCUUCCUCUGCCUGAUUUAACAACACUCAGCUUCUCGCGUUUAAUAUGGACAGUUCUCUUUGGUUUACUUAUAUAUAAAGAGAAGCCGACAAUAAUGAUUCUUUUAUCUGUUUGUUUUACAUUUAUUGGUGUGAUAUUCGUAGCACAACCAACAUUUAUUUUUCCACAAAAGAAUGAAAUGAAGAUCGCUUUUAACAUAACAACAGCAACAUUGAAUGAAACAAAUGUAGACAACAUGCAUUCAUACAGCAAUCGAGUAAUUGGAAUAUCUCUUGCACUAAUGUCAGGUCUUAUAUUUGCAUUCAACAUUUUAAUCUUCAAACAACUGAUCACUUUAAAAAUUAAACCAAGUGUUUUAAUAUUACAACAUAGCUUGGUCGUUCUUCUAUGCUUGAUACUCAAUCAUUUUUAUAAAUAUUUUUUUCUAAAUGAUAUAACAUUCUUUACACUAACAAUCUUUCAAUGGAAGUAUUGGUUAGCUGGACUAAUUAGUUUAGGACAAACACUUGCAGUAAUCGCUGGAAAUUGCGCUAUAAAACGUGAACCACCAUCUAUUGUUACGAUUGUUUCAUCAGUAGAUAUUAUCUAUGCUAUUACUCUACAGAAUUUAUUUACACAGAAGAAGUCAAAUUUAUGGGUUUUACUUGGAAGUACAUUGGUUGUAUCAAGUGUUGUACUUAUUGGUCUAGACAAAUUUAUGCAAGAACGAAAGAUUAAGAAGAAAAAAUUGAAGAUGGCUACGGUGUUAAAAACUGAGAAAUGA